AAAUUAUUUUCUAGGGCUAUAUUUCUAUUCAAGAACGGGGCGUUGGCCCAAGCCCUAUCUUUAACAAUAUAAACGUGACAUUUUUGGCUGCGCGUUACAAUAGGAGGGUCAAGACGUGGUGUUGUGGUCUUUUGAUCUUAGCUGGUGAGAUAUGAACCCGGUGUGGCUCAGCUGUGAGUGCUAAACAUUUUGUGAUAUUUGAAUGUCUACAAAUCGACAUUACUGUGGCUUACCUGAUGCUGUGAUAUAUCAUACUUUUCUCUGUUAAUGUUAUGUUUUAAGACUGCUUUCUUGAUCGUUGUGCGCCUCAUUUGAACGGUGCGCACCAGUUGUUUGCAUUGGGUGUGCUCCAUAAACUGAUUUCAGGCCUGAAAAGUUACUGGUCUAUUGCGUUCUAUUGUUCAUUAAUACAAAUAUCAUUUAAUAUCUUCUAUUGGGUUGCCCGUAUUAUAAUAUAGUAUACAGAAUUUUUUAAUUUGUUUUUUUUUCCUUUUCAAAUUAUGUUUGUCUUUUUAAUUUAAGGGGUUAAGAUGGGGUCUCCAAAAGCCGAGUCUGGAAUGGACAAAGGCUUCUGGAGGAAUGUGCUAUGCAAGGCACAUCUUUCUGUUACCACGGCUUUUAUAACCCAAUCAGCUAUAAAUAGACGCACACUGGUGGUCUACCCCCAGGGCAGGAGGGAACAAGGAAGUCUUUGGAAGACUCGAGGAAAAUACUCUGUGGAAAAAAAUGUGGAUAUCGAGCUUAAGAUUGUUGUGAAAGAUGAUAUCACACUUAGGCAAGUGGAUGAUGGCACACAUAGGCAAGUGGAUGAUGGCACAAAUAGGCAAGUGGAUGACGGCACACAUAGGCAAGUGGAUGACGGCACACAUAGGCAAGUGGAUGACGGCACACAUAGGCAAGUGGAUGAUGGCACACAUUGGCAAGUGGAUACCGAUAGUUACAAAAUGUACAGGCUUUAGGGCGUGGUGGGGCUACAAGACUUAAGAGCAACUAAUUGCUCUCUUCCAUGGGUUGUACAUUCACGAACACAUUAAAUAAAACCAUUUACUUUUGAUGACAAGCCGUGGCUGGCUAUCAAACACACUGUUGUAGUGCCUCUUGGGGAAUGCUAUCAUUACGCCCAAGUUCGCGCCACAGUUCACAAAUGAAACGUGUUCUUUUAGUGGUGUGGCCUUGGACGUUCUGUUAACAUUGUUUUUUUUUGUUUUUUUUAAAGCAUGACUUUCAAGAAGGGACACCACCUUCCCCCCCCCCUAAACACGCCAAAGGUCAAAACAGCCCACCUCAGUGUGGGGUAGUACAGCUCGAUUGAUUAAGCUAAGCUGACGUACGAGGUUUUUUGAAGACGUCUUCUCAAAUUCUUCCCCAUCACACUUUGUUGAAUGUUUGUCUG